AUGAGCGAUAAUCGCAAACGCUACAGAGAAACAGGCGCGGCGCCUCUCAACUAUGUAGCCGGUCUGGGUCGAGGUGCGACCGGUUUCACCACGCGAUCCGACAUCGGGCGCCCCCGGUGCCCCCACCCCCGCCCCACCUCCCGCAGGCGGCGGCGGCCGCGGCGUCGGCGUGCCUGCGCCGACUUUGGUGCGGCGCCCGCGGGCUACGUGGCCGGCGGCGGCCGCGGUUUCGGCGGCCGCGAGUACACCGCGGCCGAGGGCGAGGAGAAGGAGCGGCUGGACUACUCCGAGUCGAGCUACGACGAGUUCGGCGGCUACAGCCACAGCAUCACCGCGUCCGACCCCUACGAGCAGGACGACGAGGAGGCCGACAUGCUGUGGCUCGAGGUCGACAAGCGCAUGGAGGAGCGGCGCAAGCAGCGGCGCGAGGUGCGGGCGCAGGCCGAGUCGGAGCGGCUGCGGGUGGAGAAGCCCAAGCUGCAGCUGCAGUUCUCCGACCUCAAGAAGCAGCUGGCGGGCGUGUCGGUCGACGAGUGGGACGCCAUACCGGACAUCGGCGACCACCGCGGGCGCAAGGCGCGGCCGCAGCGCUACACGCCGGUGCCGGACUCGAUCGUGCUCGACAGCGUGCGCAAGGAGCUGGACAAGUCCAACGCGCUCGACGCGCGCGAGCAGCGCUUCGGCGGCCUGGCCUCGACGCUGGCCGGCGGCGCGCAGACGCCGGCCGGCACCGUCACGGACCUGAACCAAAUCGGCGCGGCGCGCAAGACGGUGCUCAACAUCAAGCUGCACCAGGUCUCGGACUCGGUGAGCGGCCAGACCGUGGUCGACCCCAAAGGCUACCUGACCGAUCUCAACUCGAUGGUGGUGUCGACCGACGCCGAGAUCGGCGACAUCAAGAAGGCGCGGCUGCUGCUCAAGUCGGUCACGACGACCAAUCCGGGCCACGCGCCCGGCUGGAUUGCGGCGGCGCGGCUCGAGGAGGUGGCCGGCCGACUGGCCCAGGCGCGCAAGGUGGCGGCCAAGGGCUGCCAGGCGUGCCCCAAGAACCCGGACAUCUGGCUCGAGGCGGCGCGGCUGCAGUCGCCCCAGAACGCCAAGGCCAUAUUGGCCAAGGCCGUGCGCCACAUCCCGCACGCGGUCAAGGUGUGGAUCCAGGCGGCCAACCUCGAGGCCGACGCGACGGCCAAGAAGCGGGUGCUGCGCAAGGCGCUCGAGUUUGUGCCGACGUCGGUCAAGCUGUGGAAGGCGGCCGUGGAGCUCGAGGAACCCGACGACGCGCGCAUUUUGCUGUCGCGCGCUGUCGAGUGCGUGCCGCACUCGGUGUCGAUGUGGCUCGCGCUCGCCAAGCUGGAGACCUACGAGAACGCGCGGCGCGUGCUCAACAAGGCGCGCGAGACCAUUCCCACCGACGCGCGCAUCUGGAUCACCGCCGCCAAGCUCGAGGAGGCCAACGGCAACGAGGAGGGCGUCAAGCUGAUCAUCAACCGCUCGGUCAAGUCCCUCUCGGCCAACGGCGUCAUCAUCGACCGCGAGCAGUGGCUCAAGGAGGCCGAGGAGGCCGAGCGCUCGGGCUUCGUCAGCACGUGCCAGGCCAUCGUGCGCGAAACGAUCGGCAUCGGCGUCGAGGAGGAGGACCGCAAGUCGACGUGGAUGGACGACGCCGAGAGCUGCCUCGCGCACGGCUGCGUCCAGACCGCGCGCGCCAUCUACGGUCACGCGCUGUCGCUCUUCCCCGGCAAGAAGUCGGUCUGGCUGCGCUCGGCCUACCUCGAGAAGAACCACGGCACCAAGGACUCGCUCGACGCCACGCUUAAGAAGGCGGUGGCCUACUGCCCGCAGGCCGAGAUCCUGUGGCUCAUGGCGGCCAAGGAGAAGUGGCUGGCCGGCGACGUCGACGCCUCGCGCACCAUUCUCACCGAGGCCUUCCGGGCCAACCCCGACAGCGAGCAGAUCUGGCUCGCCGCCGUCAAGCUCGAGAGCGAGAACCACGAGCAGGACCGCGCCCGGCAGCUGCUGGCCAAGGCCCGCGAGCGCGCCGGCACCGACCGCGUGUGGAUGAAGUCGGCCGCGCUCGAGCGCGAGCUGGGCAACGACGCCGAGGCCCGCGCCAUACUCGACGAGGCCAUCAAGAAGUUCCCCCAGUUCCCCAAGCUGUGGAUGAUGCGCGGCCAGGUCGACGAGAAGUCCAACCCGGAGGCCGCCCGGGCCAUCUACCAGCGCGGCCUCAUCAACUGCCCGCAGUGCGUGCCGCUCUGGCUCUGCACGGCCGCGCUCGAGGAGCGACAGUCGGCCAUGAAGGCCCGCUCGCUGCUCGAGAAGGCCCGGCUCAAGAAUCCCAAGAAUCAGGAGCUGUGGCUGGCCGCGAUCGAGGUCGAGCUCCGCGCGGGCAACGCCAAGAUCGCGCAGACCCUGCUGGCCAAGGCCAUCCAGGACUGCCCCACGGGCGGGCUCCUCUGGGCGCAGGCCGUGUGGAUGGAGCCGCGGCCCAAGCAGAAGUCCAAGAGCGUCGACGCGCUCAAGCGCUGCGACAACGACCCGCACGUAAUUGUCGCCGUCGCCACCGUGUUCUGGCAGGACCGCAAGGUCGACAAGGCGCGCAGCUGGCUCAACCGCGCCGUGGUGCUCAACCCGGACCUGGGCGACACGUGGGCCUACUUCUACAAGUUCGAGAAGCAGCAGGGCACGGAGCAGUCGCUGGCCGAGCUCGUCGCGCGCUGCGUGCGGACCGACCCGCGCCACGGCCGGUACUGGACGCGCGUGCGGAAGGCGCCCGAGAACGCGCGGCUCAAGACCGACGAGGUGCUCAAGCUCGUCGCGGCCUCGCUGCCGCAUCCGUAG